GAGAGAGUGUGUGCAAGUGGACCUGGGAUCCUCAGGUGUUCGUCUCCAGUCAUGGCCGGGAAUUCAGAGAAAGUACCGAUUGCCUCCGCGGGGCCGGAAGACGUGCAGCAGUUCAUGCCUCCGGCUUACUCUACUUUGGCGGUGAAGCCCGCCGCCACCGGGCGCUUCCUCAAGGCCGGGAUCGCGGUGCUGAUCGCCGGGGCCCUGCUGCUGCUCCUGGGGGCCGUCGGAGCCUUUUACUUCUGGAACAACCAAGAAAAACACGUCUACAAUGUCCACUACAGCAUGAGCAUCAAUGGAAAAGUGGAGGAGGGCACCAUGGAGAUCGACACGGAAAACAACAUGGAGAAGUUCAGCACCGGCAGCGGGGCGGACGAGGCCGUGGAGGUCCACGAUUUUGAGAUUGGAAUCACUGGGAUUCGCUUUUCAGGCAGUGACAAGUGCUACAUCAAGACCCAGGUGAAAGCUCGCCUGCCCGACGUGGAGACCCUCGACAAGGACUCGAUGACCUUUGACUUGGACGACGAAGUGAUGCCGGCCAGGUUCGAGGACGACCUGGUGUGGGUGGCGGCCGGCGCGCCUCUCUCGGAUUCCGCCUUCCUCAGCAAGAAGAUCAAGGAUUUGUGCGGAGACCUGCCAAUCUUCUGGCUCCGCCCCACCUACUCCACAAGCGGACAAAGGAAGACGGGGGCCGCCUCCCGCCGCCGCCGUCAGGCACGCAGGGAUGAGGUGGAAGAGGACGUGGAGGCAGAGUUCAACCCCGAGAACCCCUAUCAGAAUAACCUCCAGGGGGAAGACACCAUGAACAUCGACCCCAUGUUGGACCACGAGGGCGUUUGCUGCAGGGAGUGCCGCCGCGGCUACACCCACUGCCAGCGGAUCUGCGAGCCACUGGGAGGAUACCACCCGUGGCCGUACCACUACCGCGGCUGCAGAGUGGCCUGCAGGGUCAUCAUGCCCUGCAACUGGUGGGUGGCACGCAUUCUGGGCAUCGUCUAGACAGAAAUUACGGCUUUGUUUGGUUCUGCUCUAAGCAGAUAUCUGGGCGUGAAAGCAGAAAAUAAAUGUGACGCUGAGAGAAUAGGACACAGACUUGUAAACGGCAUUUCACUUUAACAUCUAUUUAGCUGUAGGAUAAAAACUUAUUUAUGAAGAUGUCAUCUGUGCAUUCUCCACUUCCUGUUUGGAUGUACACUACAGGCCACACCUUCUCAUUUAAAUGCGUUUUCCUUAUUUUCAUGACUAUUUACAUUGUGGAUUGUCACUGAAGGCAUCAAAACUAUGACACCUGUGAAGUGAAAACCAUUUCAGGUGACUCUUGAAGCUCAUGGAGAGAAUACCAAGAGUGUGCAAAGCAGUAAUCAGAGCAAAAGGGUGGCUAUUUUGAAGAAACUCAAAUAUAAAUCAUGUUUUCAGUUACUUCACCUUUUAUGAUUUGUACAUUUUUCAGAAUGUGCUUGAUCUAUUUUUUAAACAAAGAAAACAAUCUUGAAGUUGUCUUUAUUUUUAAGUUAUCGUGCUGAGAUUUUACCAGUCCGGGUCACUUGGGUGUAGAUUUUUUUCUCCGUGUGGCCCCCGAUCUAAAAUGAGUUUGACAGACUGUCAAAACUACGAAUGAACACAUGUGGAGUUAUGUACUUAACAAAAAAAAAAGGUGAAAUAACUGAAAACAUGCUUUAUAUUGUAGUUUCUUCAAAAUAGCCAGCCUUUGCUCUGAUGACUUUUUCACACACUCUUGGCAUUCUCUCCAUCAGCUUCAAGAGGUAGUCACCUGAAAUGGUUUUCACUUCACAGGUGUGCUUGAAGCUCAUGUAGAGAAUACCAAGAGUGUGCAAAGCAGUAAUCAGAGCAAAAAGGUGGCUAUUUUGAAGAAACUCGAAUAUAAACCAUGUUUUCAGUUACUUCACCUUUUAUGAUUUGUACAUUUUUCAGAAUGUGCUUGAUCUAUUUUUUAAACAAAGAAAACAAUCUUGAAGUUGUCUUUAUUUUUAAGUUAUCGUGCUGAGAUUUUACCAGUUCGGGUCACUUGGGUGUAGAUUUUUUCUCCGUGUGGCCCCCGAUCUAAAAUGAGUUUGACAGAUUGUCACUGAAGGCAUCAAAACUACGAAUGAACACAUGUGGAGUUAUGUACUUAACAAAAAAAAAAGGUGAAAUAACUGAAAACAUGCUUUAUAUUGUAGUUUCUUCAAAAUAGCCAAGUAUUUAGAAAAGUGCUGAAAAGUAUCUAGAUACAUUUUGGUACCGGUACCGGUACUAAUAUAUUGGUAUCGACACUAAUGACUUAAGAUUAGGCACAUAUGUCUUCCAUGAGAGUCCCCAAGUGAAAAGCACAAAUAUUAAAUAUUUGCCCAAACUCAUCUAGACUUCGAUGGCAUUUUCAGUGACGGGCUCUAGUUGCAUCUGUAAAACCAAGUCGAGCAAAGUCAAUAUUUUCCACGCCUCACACUGAUCCCACUCUUUUGCUUCCCUCAAGAAUAACCUCUAGGGGGAAGACACCAUGAACCAUGCUCUGAUAACUUUUUCGCACACUCUUGGCAUUCUCUCCAUCAGCUUCAAGAGGUCGUCACCUGAAAUGGUUUUCACUUCACAGGCGUGCUUGAAGCUCAUGGAGAGAAUGCCACGAGUGUGCAAAGCAGUAAUGAGAGCAAAAGGGUGGCUAUUUUGAAGAAACUAGAAUAUAAAACAUGUUUUCAGUUAUUUCACCUUGUUUUUGUUAAGUACAUACCGGUAACUCCACAUGUGUUCAUUCAUAGUUUUGAUGCCUUCAGUGACAAUCUACAAUGUAAAUAGUCAUGAAAAUAAAGAAAACGCAUUGAAUGAGAAGGUACUGUAAAUACAUCUUCUGUCAACUUCUAGAAACUUAACAGUCUAGUGAGAAAUAUAUGUGACGCUUGCAAUUUCUCAAGCCCUUUACCCACUUUACACGUAGUACUCGUUACAGCAAUGUCCUGUAGUAUCUAAUGUU